AUGUCUUAUGUUAUUUCACAUGGACUUGGACCGUAUUUUCGUGAUCUAUUAAUUAAAGAUAUUAAAAAUUAUGAACGAUUUGUUCUUUGUUUCGAUGAACAAACAAAUAAUCAAAACAAGAAACAACUUGAUUUAUAUUUUCGAUAUUGGAGUUCACAAAAAGGACUUGUUGUUACCAGAUAUUAUCGUACAAUUUUAUUAGGUCAUGCUCAAGCAAAUGUUGUUGUUGAUGGUAUUUUAGGUUCUUUUCGCACUGAUUGUAUCGGUAUCAGCAAGUUGUUAAUGCUCAGUCGAGAUAAUCCAAAUGCCAAUAAAACAGUUGAAAAAAUGAUCAAUGAUGCUAUGAAGAAAGUUAAUGCUGAACUAUUAAACGUUGGUACUUGUAAUUUACAUGUUAUUCAUAAUGUAUUUAAAGCAGGGACAACUGAAACGAACUGGUACGUUGAGAACUUCUGUAUGAAUAUUUGGUCGUGGUUUCAAAAAUCACCUGCUCGACAAGAAGAUUUUGAGAAUAUUACAAAUGAAUUAAAUGAUGCCAUUGAAAAAACAAUUUUAUAUUUCUCAAGUAAACGAUGGGUUUUACUCGGAAAAGUAAUUGAUCGAGUUCUUAAGCAAUAUCAUAUGUUUCGUGAAUAUUUUCUGGUUUAUUUACCAUCAAAGCAACAGAAACAAAUACAAAGCAAUUCUCGUUAUGAUAAUGUUAAAGAAGUAUUAAUGUCGAACAUAUCAAAAAUUCGAUUAAAUUUUAUUUUAUUUUUAUGCCAAUCCAUCUUUGAUCGAUUUUUGACGUGGUUUCAGAAAGAAGAACCACUUGUUCAUUUGCUUUAUAAUGCAUUAUGUGAUUUAUAUCGUACUGUUUUAUUAUCCUUUCUAUCACCUGAACAUGUCGGAUCAACAUACGGCGGUGCUCUCUUAGAUAUCGAUUUCAAAUUAGCUGAAAAACAACUAACAACAAAAAAGUUACAGAUUGGAGAAGAAGCACGUCGACUUUUAGUGGACGUAUCCGCAUCAGAUCGUGCGACAUUUUUUCAUGACGUCAAAUCGAUAUAUCAUGCAAUUGCUGACAACUUGAAAAAAUAUCUUCCAUUAAAAAAUACAUUUUUAAAAGAUUUACAUGUACUUGAUCCUGCAUCGAGAACAAAACAAGAUUCAGCUGAUACAAUGAUUCGUGUUGGAAGAGCAAUACCAAAAUUAUUGAGUAAUGCUGAAAUAGAUCGUAUUCGUUAUGAAUUUAUGAUGUAUGCAGCUGAAACUAUUGAUCAGUCUUGGUAUAUUAAAAAUAAAUAUCACGAUUCAGAUGAUAAUAAUCAUACAGAAUAUCAACAAAUUGAUUAUUAUUGGAACAAGACAUUAUCAUUGACAACUAGUUUUGGAUUACCGAAGUAUCCAACAUUGUCUAAAAUCGUUAAAAAUAUUCUCAUUAUAUCACAUGGAAAUUUGGACGCUGAGCGUGGCUUUAGUAUUAAUGAACAUAUUGUUACAGAAAACAGAACACUGUUGUCAUUAUCUUCUAUUAAUGGCCUCCGUUCAACAUGGGAUGCAAUAAAAUUUUAUGGUGUAGGUUCACCACAUCGAAUAUCCAUCAAGAUCGAUAUGAUUCGUGCUGUACAAAAAUCGAAAUCGGUUUAUAAUCAAGAACAAUUAUCAUUGAAAUCUCUUGCUAAUCGUGAGAAAGAACAAAGUGAAAAACAUGAGCAUACCAAUGGAGAAAUGAAAAAAUUAAUCGAUCGAGAAAAUCAGUUGUUGUCGAAGCAAAAGGGUUUACACGAUAAACAAAAGAAAGCACAAUUGUUGGUGGAUGAAGGUCGACAACAGCUUGAUAAUGCUUUGAAAAAAGCGGAUAUUAUUGAUGCACAAGCUGCAAAUGCGUUGAUUGGAGCUGGUGAUGAACAAGUUAAAUUAAUCUCAGAUGAGCUUUUCAAAAUAACCGACGAAUUAUUGAAAAUUCAAAAAACAAAAUCUGACCCAUUUGGUCCUAUAAUAGCACUAAAUUUUCUUAAUGGACCGAUAACAAUAUCACCUUUGUCAGAUUUAAAACCAUCGGUUUCGACAUAUUCUAAAAAGUAA